CCGCGUGCUUCCACGACGUUUUGUCACGUACGCACGUGUAGCGCAACUUAAUUGUCGAGAAAUGUUCUCCAGAUUUUGUAAUUUGUGUCACAGAACCCCGUACGUUCAGUUUGCGCAACUGCAAAGAUACUACAGAAAAGGUUCCAGAAGGAAAGGUAACGCCAGGUGCGUCGAGACACCAAAAGAUACAGAGAGACCAAAAGGUAUAGAAAGACAGACGCCGAUAAUCGUCGGCAGACGGAAAGAGUUAAACUUUUACGAAGGGCAAACGUAUCGUAAAUACGAACCGAUACCAUUGAUCAGCAAAGGAUGGCAUCACUAUAAAUCUAAGGGGGAUCAUUUCUUUGUAUAUCCUCUCACGAAUGUGAAAGAUGAGUCGUUUGGCGAUGAAUCGGUUAAAGACGUGGAUGAAGAAGCAUACGAUUCUUUCGAGCAUUUCGGUUUAAAUCCACAAUUGAUAGAUAUCUUGAAAAGAUACAGCAUAACGAAACCCUUGAAGAUACAGAAAAUUGGGAUACCCAAGAUAAUAAGUGGAGCCAAUACUGUCAUAGCGGCAGAGACCGGUUGUGGAAAAACAUUCACUUAUCUUCUACCCUUGAUAGAUGAAGUUCUAAGAUGGAAAGAGUUAACGGGACAUCGGAACAAUGCUCCGUUGGGACUGAUCGUAACGCCUUCUCGAGAAUUGGCAUAUCAAAUUGGGCUGGAAGCAAAAAAGAUAUGCCAGUAUCUUGGUAUUCGUACAAAAACUAUCACUGGUGGAAAAACGAAGAAAAUGAUGCUAGAUCCGCCUAUGGAAGAAGUUGAUAUCAUUAUAGCCAGUUUCGGAGUUAUCAGCAAAUUAACUACAACCAGGAUUUAUAAAUUAAACAUGGUCAGGCACCUUGUAUUGGACGAAGCGGAUGCUUUGUUCCAUGAGACGUUUGAAGACCAGCUGCGAGUAUUCUUGAGAAGGUUGCCACUUGGUUUCGUGCAAAAUGUGGAGGACAACAAACUACCAAUAAGCGCCCAAUUCACAUUGGCCUCUGCAACAAUGCCUUCAAGAAUGGCAGAGGUCCUAGAAGAUAUCAUAAAUGUGCAAUCGUUGCAACACGUAACCUCGGAUAAACUGCAUCAUAUUCUCGUGCCUCAAAAAUUUAUAAGGGUGGGACCAGGCGACAAACCGACCGAACUCCUGAAAUAUAUCAAACCGAAAGUGGCCAACAAGGAACAAGUGAUUAUCUUUAACAACAACAACAGCACUUGCAAUUGGGUCAGUAUGUUUCUGAACAACAGUAACAUACCGACGGUUCGCUUGAACGGCGACAUGCAGCUGUAUGAUAGGCAAAACAAGUACGCCAGCUUUAAAAGCGGUAAAUUCCGAGUGUUGUGCACUACAAACGCCGGAUCUAGGGGUUUGGAUACGGUGACGGUACGUCAUGUGCUGAAUUAUGAAUUUCCAACUGCAACCGCCGAUUAUAUCCACAGAUGUGGUAGAACCGGAAGAGUCGGUAGCGUCAAGGACUGCAGAGUGGACAGUUUUAUAAGCACUCCAAGUGAAAUUGCUGUAGUGCAAAAAAUAGAGAGGGCAGUACGGAAGAUGAAACCGAUACCGAUAUUCGAUCUGAAGGAGACGCAGGAAAAGGAUGACUUCUAUGAGCCACUUGGAUCGGAAAAUGAAACAGAAGUACAGGAAGAAUUUAGCAUACCGUACUGAAUCGUAUUACACGAUUGUGUAAAUAAAGAUUGUUUUAUUGCCCAAUAA